ACCGUUUGGGUGUCGUGACGUGACGUGGUGAUUGGUCACUUAGCUGCUUACUGAAAACUGUUUAGUUAGCGUUAACUGUCUUGUGAUUAGGUCUCUGCACGUCUGCUGUCUGAUUUUUAGUUUAUGUGAAAAAAAGUUUAUUUGGUUGUUUUGACUGGAAUCAAACAUACAGCUGAUUUGUGUGAUCAUCAGGGCUGUGUGAUCUUAUCUGCUGUGACUGACCAGAACUGAUCCGGCGCUAACAUGAAGCUCUACAGCCUCAGCAUCCACCACAAAGGAGCGACCAAAGCCAACCUCCUCAAAGCGGCCUUUGACCUCUCCUCCUUCAGCUUCUUUCAGCGCUCCAGUGUUCAAGAGUUCAUGACCUUCACCAGUGCCUUGAUUGUUGAACGGACAUCCAAAGGGAGCCGUGCAUCUGUCAAAGAACAAGAGUACCUGUGUCAUGUGUAUGUCAGAAAUGACAGCCUGAGUGCUGUGGUCAUCGCAGAUACUGAAUACCCACAGAGAGUCUGUUUCACAUUGCUAGACAAGGUAUUAGAGGAGUUCUCCAGGCAAGUGGACAGUAUAGAUUGGCCCUCUGGUAAUCCUGAAACCAUAAACUACAAAGCUCUGGAUAUUCACCUUUCUAAAUACCAGAAUCCCAGGGAAGCAGAUGCAAUGACCAAAGUGCAGGCAGAGCUGGAUGAGACAAAGAUCAUUUUGCACAACACCAUGGAAAGUCUGUUGGAGAGAGGGGAAAAACUGGAUGAUCUUGUGGCAAAGUCAGAACAUUUGGGAAACCAGUCCAAAGCCUUCUACAAGACCGCACGGAAACAGAACUCGUGCUGUGAAAUCAUGUGAUGCAGCUGCCUCGUCCUCGUGGACACGCCUCUCUCUGCCUUUCUGCUUUUCCUCCAACUCCCAUCACGCACCAGACGCCUGCUCUCAACACAAAGGACAGAACGGAUGCUGUCUAAUCCGGGAUGGGGUGCCAGGAUAAGAGCAAGAAAGGGUGGAAGUCAAAGCGUGAACUAUCCGGAUUGUGACUGAUGGGGGGUGAAGGAAUGAUGGGGUGUGGUCGGGGAAGAAUUAACAUUUGAAUUAUUUUUAACCUUUCAAAGGGGAAACAUCUGUGUGGUGUUUCAAUACCAGCUGAGGACAUGACGUGUGUGAUGUGUAUCAGUGACGUUGAAACAUCUUCAUAUUAUUUAAUGUUAUUCAGACUCAGUCAAAUCUUAAAAUAGUUUGAUUUCAACUCUUCACAAUUUUGAAAGAGCAUUAACCACGUUUGUGCUUCAAGGCAACUCCGACAAUCUCACAGUCUUGUGAAUUCAUAAAAUGUGUCAGUUUUCGGUUCAGUUCUUCCAAACUUGAUCUGUUUAUCUUGCAGGCAUAACCUUUUGGCCGACCUGGUGGCCUGUUUAUUUACUGCAUCGUUCCGGUGAGCCUCAGUGUUGAGUUCGAUCUUAAAAACGCUAAUGUGAGCCAAGACAGCAAGUGGCUGCUUGGACAUGCGAUAUCAAAAUCUCACAGAAUUUUUCAAUGACUUUGAAACAUCUUAGCUAGACUGGAUUAAGCUAUGCACAUGAUUUGCAUUUCCUUGUCUCAUAGUGUUAAAUGAAAUCGUAAACAUUCCCACUUUGGCGUGAGUGUGUUAUUGAGUGGUGAUGCAUCUUAAAGCUGAUGCGUGGUGGGAGAAUAGAUGUAAAAUGUAGAGAGAUGUUUCUUCAUAGCAGCCUUAUCAUUAGUGUGGCUAACAUGUAACCCCCCUGUCCUGUAUUAACAUGUUGUCUCAUGAGAAGGAUUCUCUUGUACUUGUACUGUAGCCAUGCUUUACACUCUGACAGCCAACAUGUGACACUUCAGCAGGAUUUUAGAGUUCUAUCAGACCUCUGCAGCCCGGGGCUUAUCUUUACCAUCAAUAAUUGUGACAGAGGGGAUUCUAGCAAAACUUCAGGUGCUGUUGCACCUUCUGGCUUCUUAUUGUAUGAUAGUCACAUUUCUCCUAAAAUAGGUAGACCUUUUGAAAAGAGAAUAGACAUAUGUUGAGUGAUAUUACAAAUCUGAGUGAUUUUCACAUCCCAGUCUUAUUUUAAGACACUCCACAGCUGACAUAUUUUUAUUUUACUGUCAGCGCUGUUGGCUUUGUAUUUAAGUCUGACUGGGAAGAAAUGUCUUUCUUCAGGAUCUGCUGAUCAGUUUAAGAUAAAGAGAUGCCUUCAGUUGUGUAUUUUGUGCUUGCUUUCUGCUGUAUGCGUGUACGAUUUGCUGAUGUGCAACAUCUGCAGGCUGCAUUGAUGUUGAGUGCCUGUGUGUAAGGACUGUUGUUUGUGUGUGUGCGUGAUCUGAAUUGCUCUUUCUGCUUUUACAGUGUAAUCUUUUGUGCAAUAUCUCUGCAGACUGUUGGCGUAUGUCUCUUUAAAGUAGGGUGAAUAAAUGGAAAUAUUUCUUAUAAAGGACAGUAAAUUGACCUUUUGUAUGUGGUAUUCUUAUGACUAAUUCCCAUGUGUAGCGUGUCCAGGGUUGAUUCUGAGAUGUACAUUUAAUUUGUUCUUUUCAAAAUUUCCAAAACUUAAAAAAUAUGUGAAAUCUAUGGAGUAAUGCUGUAGCUAUUUGCAGUCAGGCCCUUCUGACCAGUGUGUUAAACAGUCUGCGUUAAACAUUUUGAUCCAGAUGUGUUCUGCAAAUUUUAAAACAAAGACUUCAGAUAAUAAACUGUAUUUUCCUGUCUGUAUUAA